AUGCCAGCCCAAAUCAUCUCUCGCGCCGAGGUUGCCAAGCACAACACCGAGGAUUCCCUCUGGUGUAUCAUUGAUCAUCGUGUCUAUGAUUUGACCGACUUUGUCGACGCCCAUCCUGGUGGCGCCGUCGUUUUGACUCAGGUUGCCGGCAAGGAUGCCACGACAGACUUCUACAACCUGCACCGACAAGAAGUGCUGGAAAAGUACCGGGAGCAAUUAUGUAUCGGCACCAUUGAAGGCGAGAAGCCCGAGGUCAUCGAGCCCCAGGUGGGCGCGUUGAGCCCCGUUCCUUACGCCGAGCCCCUGUGGCUGCGCCCCGAAUUCAAGAGCCCGUACUACAAGGAGAGCCACCACCGAUUGCAAAAGGCCAUGCGCGAAUUCACCGAUAAAUACAUUACCCCAGAGGCCCAGGAGAAGGAGCAGGACGGGACCUACAUCAGCCAGGAGCUGAUCGACCGUAUGGCCGAAACAAACAUCCUCGCCAUGCGACUGGGACCUGGGAAGCACCUGCACGGGCGAUCCAUCCUGGGAGGCGUCAUCGAUGGAAAGGAGUUUGAUUACCUGCACGACAUGAUCGUCACCCAAGAGAUGGUGCGGGCGAACGCUCGUGGCUUCCAGGAUGGCAACAUGGCCGGUAUGGCCAUCUCAUUGACGGCAGUGCAGCAGUGGCUGCAUAACCAGGAGCUCAAGGAGAGAGUCACCUCGGAGGUCCUGUCUGGCCAGAAGAAGAUGUGUCUUGCGAUUACCGAAGCCUUUGCCGGCUCCGACGUGGCUGGUCUGAAGACGACCGCCGAGAAGACCCCCGAUGGCAAGUUCUAUAUUGUCAACGGUACCAAGAAGUGGAUCACCAACGGCAUGUUUGCCGACUACUUCGUGACCGGAUGCCGAACGGAGAAGGGGUUCUCGGUCCUUCUGAUCCCCCGCGGCGAGGGCGUCGAAACGAAGCAGAUCAAGACAUCCUACUCGACCGCCGCUGCCACUGCCUUUGUCCAGUUUGAGAAUGUCAAGGUGCCCGUAGGCAAUCUUCUGGGCGAGGAGCACAAGGGAUUCAUCGUGAUCAUGAGCAAUUUCAACCAUGAGCGCUUCAUGAUGGCUGGUGCAGUGGUUCGCAUGUGCAUGACGAUCGUCGAAGAGUGCCUGAAGUGGUGCAACCAACGGAUUGUCUUUGGCAAGAAGCUCAUUGAGCAGCCCGCGAUCCGCCAGAAGCUUGCCCGCAUGAUUUCUCUCACCGAGUCCAACCAAGCUUGGCUCGAGUCAGUUGCGUACCAGAUGUGCAACAUGUCCUACGCCGAACAGGCCGUCCACUUGGGUGGGCCGAUCGGUCUGCUCAAGUCGCACGCUACCCGCGCGGCGCAGGAGAUUGCCGACUACUCCACGAACAUCUUUGGUGGUCGUGGUCUCACCCAGAGCGGAAUGGGCAAGGUGGUGGAGAUGUUCCACCGCACUUAUAAGUUUGACGCCAUCCUCGGUGGUACCGAGGAGAUCCUGGCCGAUCUGGGCGUGCGACAGGCGAUGAAGAAGUUCCCCAAGUCGAUGCUGUAG